AUGGCUAGUCCAACAACCAUCCGACCGGUGAUCGGUCGGAUUCUGCAGCGUUCUACUCAGCGCGCUCCCUCGCAAUGCCUGGCUCUGGCCGCGCGCUCGUCCCCGAACUCUGCAUCGGCCCCUUUCUCGACCACUGCCUCGCUCGAGAUGCGCAAGCCCAGGCGUGACAACAGCAGACUUCGAGGUCUCUCGGCAAUCUAUCGAUCCGGAACAAAGGCACGCAUGGCAGUUGAUGGCUACGAACUACCUGAGCCAGCCGAGUAUAACCCGGCGGACGAGGUCAAGACAGAUCCCAAGCAUGGCUUGUACGAGUUCUUCUACGACAAGGAGAGGUCAUUACUGGAUCCGGAAGCUGAGGCACAACAUGGACGCUCUUGGACUGUUGAAGAACUGCGACACAAGAGCUGGGAUGACCUGCACAAGCUGUGGUGGGUCUGCGUGAAGGAGAGGAACAGAAUCGCAACGGCGAGCAGGGAGAGGACGAGACUCAAGUUCAAGACGGGCGAGGAGGAGAGCAAGGAGAGGAUGCGAGCGGUAUCAAAGACAAUGAAGUCUAUUAAGCAGGCCCUCACUGAGCGUUAUUACGCAUGGGAGGACGCGAGGGACCUGGCCGAGCAAGAUCCGGAGGUCGAUCUCGCCAACACGAACAACCCAUACACCCCGAAGAACUAUUUUGAUGAAGAGGUGGCAGGUGCCCCGGCAAUCGAGGCCGAGGGUGCAAGACAAGAGACUGGAAAGCCUGUAGAAGUGACGAUUGACCCAUCCGCCCUACCAAAGUCAGCAGACAGCCAGCCCGUGUCCAGGACAUAA